AUUUGCCCAGCCGGCUUCUGCUCCGAUUUCCCCCCACCGCGAGUGCGCCUCUGCUGCGGAGCUUUACGCGCGGGCAGACUGGAGAGAGAUGACAAGAGCCCCGCGGAACUGGCCAGACAAACAUGGAUCUGCGUAAAAUGAUCAUUUCGGUGCUUUGGAUAUUAUUGCUGAAUAAUUUGGAAGAGUCUCACGCGGAGGAAGUGGUGCUGCUGAAUUCUAAAGAGACUCAGGCAGAGCUGGGCUGGACCUCGUAUCCCCCCAAUGGGUGGGAGGAGAUAAGCGGUGUAGAUGAAAAGUACAAGCCCAUCCGGACCUACCAGGUGUGCAACGUGAUGGAGCCGACCCAGCAGAACAAUUGGCUGCAGACGGGCUGGGUGGCCCGUCGAGGCGGCCAGCGUAUCUUUGUGGAGCUUCAGUUCACGCUUCGUGACUGCAACAGCAUUCCCGGCGUGGCGGGCACUUGCAAGGAGACCUUCAACCUCCUAUACGUCGAAUCGGAUCGGGAUCUCGGCGGCGUGACCCGAGAGGACCGCUACACUAAGAUUGACACCAUCGCCGCUGACGAGAGUUUCACGCAAGGCGAUUUGGGUGAAAGGAAGAUGAAGCUGAACACUGAGGUGCGGGAAAUUGGUCAUCUGAACCGGAGGGGCUUCCACCUGGCGUUCCAGGACGUCGGGGCCUGCGUCGCCCUAGUGGCGGUGCGGGUGUAUUACAAGCGCUGCCUCGCCACCGUCCAGAACCUGGCCAUCUUUCCCGACACGGUAGCCGAGGCGGCUUUUUCCACGCUGGUGGAGGUGCGCGGGAGCUGCGUCAACAACUCCGAGGUGGACGCCGACAGCCCACCCAGGAUGCAUUGCAGCGCCGAAGGGGAAUGGUUGGUCCCCAUUGGGAAAUGCACCUGCAGCGCGGGUUACGAGGAGGGACACAGCAGCUGUGAAGCAUGUCCCCCUGGAUCAUACAAGAUGUCCUCCAGACAGCAGGAGUGCUUCCCGUGCCCUGCAAACAGUAUUUCGGAGGAUGACGGCUCAGUGGCGUGCGUGUGCAAAGAGGACCACUUCAGAACUCCGCUGGAUUCCCCCUCCUCACCAUGCACACGACCCCCCUCACCUCCGAGAGACUUGGUCUACACCAUGAAGCAGUCCACUCUCAUCUUAGAUUGGGCCGCGCCAUCCGACACAGGUGGCAGGGUGGAUCUGACCUACAACUUGGGUUGCCGACACUGCGGCGGCAGGCAAUGCGAGCCCUGCGGGGCCAGCAUUGGUUUUGUGCCUCAGCAGGUCGGACUAACGGAGAGAACGGUGACUGUGGUCAAUCUCCUUCCCAACACUAACUACACAUUCACUGUGGAGGCUUUGAACGGAGUGUCAGAGCUUCUACCGAACAAAAGGUUCUACUCACAGAUCAACGUGUCAACAAACUUGCCUGCUUCAUCUCUGAUCAGUGAUCUCCGAGCUGAGAAGAUUGAGGAAAAAAGUAUCACGUUGGUGUGGAGGCAACCUUUAUCCCCAAAUCGAAGCCGGACCGAGUAUGAAGUCAAAUAUUAUGAGAAGGAGCAAAAGGAUCAAAGUUAUUCUACUGUGAAGACAUCCGCCACACGGAUCAGCGUCAACAACCUGAAAGCCGGCACCACCUAUGUCUUCCUCAUUCGCCCCUUCACCACACCGCCACCCUCCUCCUCACUGUCCUCCUCCCCUCUCUCAUCCUCCGUCUCCUCAUCUUCCUCCUCCGCUUACCCCUCCUCCUCUUCGUCUUCCUCCUCCUCCUCAUCCUCACCUUCUCCCAUCGACUACGGAGCCUACAGCGCUCCCCUGGAACUGCAGACGUUGGGAGAGUUGGCGCUGGCAUCCAGUGAACAAAGUCCCGUGGUGAUUAUCGCCGUCGUGUCCGUGGCGGCACUUGUCAUGCUUCUGUCGAUGGGAGUCGGACUGCACAUCUGGAGGAGCAGCGUCUGCUCAAGCUCCUCCAAUGUAACUCCUGCUAGCGUGGUGCUGCUCUCGACAUCCUUCUCCACUCUUCCUCCUCCUCCUCCUCUUCUCUCUCCUCUUCCUCCCUUCACACAGCUGAUGCCCAGACAAUGCGGCUACAGCAAAGCCUCUCAAGAAGGAGACGAGGAACUUUACUUCCAGUUCAAGAUUCCCACACGGAGGACUUACAUUGACCCGGAGACGUGUGAGGACCUGCUGCAGGCUAUUCAUGCCUUUGCCAAGGAGUUGGACAACUCCAGCAUCAAGAUUGAAAGAAUUGUCCACACAGGCGACUUUGGGGAGGUGUGUCGCGGCUGUCUCAAGCUCCCCAGCAAGCGAGAGCUGCCGGUGGCCAUCAAAACGCUACGAGCGGGCUGCUCGGAGAAACAGCGACGCUCGUUCCUCAGCGAGGCUGCUAUCCUCGGGCAGUUUGACCACUCCAAUAUUAUCAGACUCGAGGGCGUCGUCACCAGUGGUAACACCAUGAUGAUCAUAGUUGAGAGCAUGUCUAAUGGUGCCUUGGACUCCUUCCUUAGGAAACAUGAGGGUCAGUUGAGCGUAAUGCAGCUGAUGGAUAUGUUGACUGGAGUGGCAUCAGGGAUGAAGUACCUUGCCGAAAUGGGCUUUGUUCACAAACGCCUGGCUGCACACAAGGUUUUGGUGAAUGCAAAUCUGGGUUGCAAAGUGUCUGGCUUCAGACCUCUUCAAGAGGAUAAGAUCGAAGCAAUCUAUACUACACUGCAUGGAGGGAAGAGUGUGGUGCUGUGGACCGCUCCAGAAGCCAUCCAGUACCAUCGCUUCUCAUCUGCUUCAGAUGUCUGGAGCUUUGGUAUCGUCAUGUGGGAGGUCAUGUCCUACGGGGAGAGACCCUACUGGGAUAUGGGGAACCAAGAUGUGAUCAAGGCCAUUGAAGACGGCUUCAGGCUGCCGGCGCCGGUCAACUGUCCAAUGCAUUUGCAUCAAUUGAUGCUGGACUGUUGGCAGAAGGAAAGAACGGAGAGACCCACCUUUAGUCAGAUCCAUUCGGCGCUCAGCAAGAGCAUUCGCACGCCUGACGCCAUCGGCUCCUCCACGUUGGCACGAAGGACCUUGGGUUCCUCCAUAACACUAGCAGAGAGGCCGCUACCAACCUUCGCAUCAUUUAACUCAGUAGGCGAAUGGCUGGAUGCAGUGGACAUGGGCCGAUACAAGGACAACUUCACUGCCGCGGGAUACUGCUAUUUGGAGUCGGUGGCACGCAUGACCGUACAAGAUGUACUGAGCCUUGGCAUCACAUCCCUGGAGCACCAGAAGUUGAUCUUGGCUGCUAUCCAGACCCUAAGAGCCCAGGUCAUCCAAAUGCACGGACGCGGUGUUCAAGUCUAACAGACGGCUGCUCGCUCGCUACGUGCAGAUGGUGGAUGAUGGGGUGGUGGAGACGAGGCAAGAGAGACUGACUGUCUUUCCGAAUGACGGACAGAUCAAAAGACCUUGCGCUCCUCUAUUUACUCCUCUUUCCCAUUCUUCCUCAUGCCUUCUGCAAUCCUUCCUUCCUUUUUAUGAUCAAGCCCCCCCUCCUCCGAGACAAGCACCGGUCUCUCCGGUGAUUGGGGGGGAUGGCAGAGGAGUGAUGUCAUGUGACUUUUUCGGUGACCUCUAUCUGCACUUUGACCUUCAAAAACUGUGUCAGCUAAAUCGUCCAAGACAGAAAUAUAGUCCAGAAUGGUGACUGCUGAGCAGAGAAAGACUCCAAAAGGACUACUUUUCCCUCCUUUUAUUAGUUUCUUUCUUCUUUUUUUUUUUUUUUUUAAAGUACUGCUGACUGGCCUUGAGUCAAGACUGACAAACACUUCUCCACUGGCUGAUUUCACGUGAAAUCUGAAGGGACAUAAUCUAAGGAUGUGAAAUAGCAUCACUUUGCCAGAAGUGAUCUCAUAUCAGAUGGUAAAGGGAUAUCUCUGAAUAUUAAAAAUGGCAGCCUUGUAAUCCGCCGACUCAAAGCAGCAGCUGUCAAUAGUUAUAAAGUCUGAGCUGUCCCGUGCAAAAAAAAAAAAAAAAAUCUCCAACAAGUUUGGAUUUAGUAUUUAAAUGAGGCUUGCAGAAAUACUUUAAAUGAAUGGGGGCUGAUGUACUACGACAGUAAAGUGUGCUGACAGGCCUAAAUGGAGCUAUAGCCUGGGGAAUGAUGGAAUGAAUUUUCAGGAAUAUCGGUCUGCUUUUUUUUUUUUCUUUUUUUGACCCAUGGACAGAAAAAAAAAAAGCUGGCAGGAGUCUGGGAAAAGAGUUGUGUGUUUGAUCACCCUUAAUUUAUGUCACUGUCUCUUCCAGUACUUUUUCUUCUCUUUAUCUUCCAAACUGUCUUCUAUGUGCAAAUGAAAUAUUUAAUUUCCCCUUUCGCCUGGAUGUCAUCUUGUAAUCUUCUCCCUCUCUGUGAUACUCAGGUCAACUCUGGAAGAUGACCCAAAUCUCAUAUUUAUUUCUUUAACAAUAAUUUUUAAAGAGGAGGUUAGGAGGGUUAAUUUAAAAUAUUUAAUGUAAAUGGGGGAAAAAAAUAGUUUGCUAAUUCUAUGAGUGUGACAUAUUGAUCAUGUUGCAUACGAGACUACCAAUGGAGGAUGUUAGCUGUCUGCACACAGUAUCUGUGUAUUCAUGAACAGUUUAGUCUGUUUUCAUUGGUUGUGGCGUGUGUGAAUACAGUAUUAGAAUGUCAUCUUAUUUUUUUUUUGCGAUUACAGUUUUUCCCAUUACUGUUGGCUAUCACGUUUGGUGUAUGUGUACAGUGAUCUGCCCCCCCGUCACCUUUUCUAAGCAGAUUUGAAAGGGAGCGUUCGUCGAUUUCACAAUCGAACGACAUUUUUUUUUGAUGGGACUAAUGUUAAAACCGGUUUGUAUUUGCUACAAAAUACAGUUUGCGUCGUUUUGCUUGUUCUCGUUUGUCUCUCUUAGUAAUUGUCAUAAUAAAGAAACUCAGGCGGACAGCUGACAAAUUUGUCAGCCGACUGCGAGGCCUCACGAUUCAACAGUCACGGUUAAAUACGACGAAAGCAGCUUACGAAGAAAAUGCAUCCUCAUGCACAAAAAAGAAUUCUGGGACCUUGUCGCUAGAAUGAAUGAAAUGUAAACCGAUCUCCCCAUCUCUUACCAUUAUAUGUUUAAUACUGUAAAUAUGUAUUUGAAAAUGCUAAAUCUAUUUUUAUAAUUUGUUUGAAGAACAAUGUGUUGAAUAUAUCUUCUCACUGUGUACGGGGUAAUUCGUUUGACUUUAGGGCCAAGGCCGACAAACUCUGGUGUUUGGAAUAUUUAAAAAACAAAAAAUAUGACAUUUUUGUUAGUUUUGGAUGAUUUUUACCCAUUGGAAGAAAUUCUGAUGGAUGUUACAAUUACAAACUGUGUUAUUAAAAAAUCUACAAUAUAA